GGGCAGUUCUAAUUUGUCUAACAAGGUCCAUUGAGUCAGAAUCUACUCAAAAGAACACAAAAACAGUAUGAGAAUCUAAAGUAUAUAAGUAUAUAGAGAGAGAUUUGAUGCCAGGCUUGGAUUUGCUCGCUUACUCCCACAAGACUAUGAUAUUUUUUCAUUUCACUUUACAGGAAAUUUUCAGAUCUGAUCUCAGAAACUUGAAAUCAUGGACCAAGGAAAUAACUCAAGAGUGACUGAAUUUGUGUUGCACAGUCUUUCAGGUCCUCAAGAGCUACAACUUUUUUACUUUGCAUUUUUCACACUCUUCUAUUCAACCAUUGUGCUGGGAAACCUCCUCAUUGUGCUCACAGUCCUCUCUGAACCUGCGCUACACACACCCAUGUACUUCCUGCUCAGUAACCUCUCCUUCAUUGAUGUGUGUCUAUCCACCUUUGCCACUCCCAAAAUGAUUGUUGACUUCUUCAAGGAGCACAAGACCAUCUCUUUUGAGGCCUGCAUGGCCCAGAUAUUCUUUCAGCAUGUCUGUGCUGGUGGUGAAAUGAUGCUCCUUGUGGCCAUGGCAUAUGACAGAUAUGUAGCCAUAUGUCGACCCCUGCACUAUGCAGCCAUCAUGAGUGUACACAAGUGUACAGUCCUUGUUGUGGGCUCCUGGCUCAUUGGAGUCCUGCACUCAGUAAGCCAGUUAGUCUUCACAGUAAACCUUCCAUUCUGUGGUCCAAAUCAAGUGGAUAGUUUUUUCUGUGACCUUCUCUUAGUUAUCAAACUUGCCUGCACUGAUACAGAUAUCCUUGAGAAACUCACGCUUUUAGAUAGUGGUCUAAUAGCUUUGAGCUCUUUUGUGCUCUUGCUCAUCUCCUACAUGGUCAUCCUGAUCACUGUGAGACACCGAUCCUCAGUGGGCAUGGCUAAGGCUCGGACCACCCUGACUGCCCAUGUCACUGUGGUGACCCUGUUCUAUGGGCCCUGCAUCUUCAUCUAUGCCUGCUCUUUCAACAAAUUCCUGGUGAAUAAUAUCCUCUCAAUAUUCUAUACUGUUUUCACCCCUCUCUUAAACCCCUUGGUCUACACAUUAAGAAAUAAAGAGGUAGUAUCAGCAAUGCAGAAACUGUGGAGGCGACAAGUAAAUUCCUAACAGUUUCUUGGCUCUUUCUUGUGCUAAUGACAACCAUACUAAAGGCACCCACUUAU